AUGAACUUUCAGGUCUACCCGUCAUCGUCUCCUCUCCCGGUAGGGCUAAAUCUCAAUGAAGGAUCACCAGAAUGGCUCAGCAAAGGAGACAAUGCAUGGCAACUAACGGCGACGUACUUUGUAAGCCUGCAAAGCGUUCCGGGGCUCGUGAUACUGUACGGGAGCAUGGUAAAGAAGAAAUGGGCUGUUAACUCGGCUUUCAUGGCUCUUUACGCCUUUGCCGCCGCUCUGCUUUGCUGGGUUUCAUGGGCACACCAGAUGUCUUUCGGGAACUACGAUAGCUAUCUGGUGGGGAAGCCUGUUAAUUCAUUGUCUAAUGUGUUCCUUCUUAGUCAAAUGGAUGAUGGUCAUAAGCUUCCAAAGGCUGAUUAUGUGUUCUACGAAUUCGCCUUUGCCGCGAUUACUGUGAUUUUGCUCGCCGGAUCUUUGCUUGGGAGGAUGAACUUCUAUGCCUGGAUGUUGUUCGUUCCUUUGUGGCUGACGUUUUCGUACACCGUGGGGGCAUUCACUAUAUGGGGCAAUGGGUUUUUUCAAUACAAAAUUAUUGAUUACGCCGGUGGUUAUGUCAUCCAUCUUUCAUCUGGGGUUGCUGGUUUUACUGCUGCGUAUUGGGUUGGACCUAGACAUUCGCAUGACAGACAACACUUUCCACCAAACAAUAUCAUUCAGAUUUUAGGAGGUGCAGGAUUUCUAUGGCUCGGAUGGACUGGCUUCAAUGGAGGAUCUCCACUUUCAGCAGGCCUCGUCACUUCUUUAGCCGUAAUAAACACCCAUAUCUGCACUGCCACCAGCCUAUUGAUCUGGCUUGCUUUAGACAUGGCUGUGUACAGGAAAAGCUCGGUCAUCGGUGCCGUCCAGGGGAUGAUUACAGGUCUCGUGUGCAUCACUCCCGGUGCAGGUCUUGUGGAUCCAUGGGCAGCAGCCCUAAUGGGAGUGAUGUCUGGAUCGAUUCCAUGGUACACAAUGAUGGUCUUGCACAGGAAAAUAGCAUUCUUCCAAAGCGUGGAUGAUACAUUAGGGGUCUUCCAUACGCAUGCUGUGGCCGGUGUUUUAGGCGGUCUCCUUUCUGGUCUCUUAGCAAAACCCAGGCUUCUGAAACUGAUGUACUGUAGCAACAUAUAUGGCCCGGACUUACCACACUGUAAGGGACAGUUCCACCGUGGUCUCAGACAACAAAUGGGUUAUCAACUUCUAGGAGCCGGUUUUAUCACAGCAUGGAAUGCUGUUGUUACCAGCAUCAUUUGCCUUGUCAUAAGCCGCAUUGUUAAUUUAAGAAUGGACGAAGAGGCUCUCGAGGUAGGAGAUGAUGCUGUGCAUGGAGAGGAGGCUUACGCCCUGUGGGGAGAUGGUGAAAGGAUGCCAAAACCUCGCCGUUUCCGUAUACCGCUUAUCUGCCGCCUUCUGGUUUCGACUAAUGUUUGAUAAAUUUCAGAUCAAUUCU